AAGAGUUACAGGGAGCAGAAACCUACAAAGAGAAUAAAAUAGGGAACACUGCUUCCUUAUUUUAUUUUAUUUCUUUUUAAAAAUAGCAUCUUUUUUCUUCUAUCAGCACUCAGUUUUGUAGCAGAUCUUCUGAUUCGAGCUUAUAUAUAUAUAUUUCUUGAAGGUUUUUUUUUUUUAAUUCCCCCUGUUGGGGAGGGAAGCCGAGUGGGAAGGAGGUAGUAGUAGAAGAGAUAGAUUUUUAAAGGGCUGGUUGUAACUUGAGAAGUUGGAAACCAGAAUUGGCUCUUUACUACUGAUCGUAUUGUAUCAGUAGUAAUAACAUUAUUAUUAUAGGGGAAGAGUUGCAGAGGAAUUGCUGCAAAGAGACUAUUGCUCUCUCCCAGGUUUAGGGGGUGUACUGUGUGUCCGUCUAUUUCCCACCUUCCCCCUAGUCCCCCCCUCCCCCCCGCCCGCCCCCUCUCUCCUUCUCUCUCUUUCCCUCGCUCCCUCUCUCGUUGCCGCCUCUACAACGCUGCUUUAGCCCUCCCCUCUGCUGGUUGCUAUGGUGUCCAAGCUUUACUUGAUCUGGGCAGCGGCAGCAGCUGCACUGGCGCUGCUGAGCCGGCUGGCGGUAGCCGUGGGGCCGGUGGUCCGCUGCGAGCCAUGCGACACGCGGGCUCUGGAGCAGUGUAAGCCUCUGGUGCCAGACUGCGCUGAGCUGGUGCGCGAACCGGGUUGCGGAUGUUGCCUGACCUGCGCCCUGCAAGAGGGCAACCCGUGCGGUGUGUAUACCGAGCGCUGCGGCGCAGGUCUCAGCUGCCAGCCACAGCCGGGAGAGGCCAGACCCUUGCAGGCGCUCUUAGAUGGCCGGGGCCUCUGUACCAAUGUGACCGCCAGCAAGCUGAAGGCGUUCCUGAUGCAAGGUCCACAUGCUACAGGAAAUGCCAGUGAUGAAGAAGAAGACCGGAACACCAGCAGCAUGGAGAACCAGGCAAUCCCCAGUGUUCCCAGAGUACCUGAUUCCAAAUUCCAUCCACACCACACCAAACUAGACAUCAUCAGGAAAGGACAAGCCAAAGACACUCAGCGCUACAAAAUGGAGUAUGAGUCACAAAGCACUGACACACAGAAUUUCUCUUCUGAAUCCAAACAGGAGACUGAAUAUGGGCCUUGCCGCAGAGAAAUGGAAGACACAUUGAACCACCUGAAGUUUCUGAAUGUCUUGAGCCCAAGAGGGAUUCAUAUUCCAAACUGUGACAAGAAAGGAUUCUAUAAGAAGAAGCAAUGCCGCCCUUCCAAAGGAAGAAAGAGGGGUUUCUGCUGGUGUGUGGAUAAAUAUGGACAACCACUCCCUGGAUAUGAUGCCAAAGGGAAAGGAGAUGCCCACUGCUACAACUUGGAGAACAAAUAAGUGCUAGAUGCCAACUCCUAUGGAAUCUCUGCAUGGCCACAGAAUUCACCCAUCAGAGACCUUUGGAGUGGUUGGGAGAAGGCAUAGACCGCAUUGGAGUUUCAAGUUCUGCCUUCUCUUAAUGAUUUAGGGGAUUUUUUUUCAGACUCUAUGGACACUGCAGCUGUGCCCUGCCAUUACUCCAGCCUUCCUCCUUGCCUUCUCCACAACACUGAGGGAGGUCUGAAUUCCCAUGUAAAUCUGCACUAUUGAUCCCCAGAGACAGAGGAAAAGGCACUUCAGAAAAGAUUCAGGGAGUCUCCACUGACUUUAAAAACAACCACCACAACAACAAACAGCCUGUGACCCAUUUGAUCCCAAAAGAUACUGCGUGUUAUUUUAAAGAAUUUAUAGAGUGUACACUUUUUAAGAUAUAAAAAGAAAAAAAUAA